AUGCCUGUUGGAUCGCAAGAACGGGCAAAAAAGGAGAUGAAGGAGGCCUUUGUUCCAAAAUAUUGCAAGAGGAGAAGCUCAGGCUCUUCAAGACCUGCAAUUGGCUCCUUCGACAAGGUUCAGCUUACGAAGCUCCUCAUAGAUACUUUGCAUGAAAUUGGGUAUUCAGAAUCCGCGAGGCAAUUGCAAAAAGAAAGUGGUGGUGUAGAAGUAGAGUCGAGCUCUGUGCAGAAACUUUUCACCGCCAUAACCCUUGGCCGUUUUGAAAUUAUUGAUUUAGCAAUGCUGACGAGUUUGCCCUUAAAGCAUCGGAUUCCCAAAGAACAUCUAGCGGCUCUGGCGGGUUCUGACGUCCAGUCUCCACAACAAGAAUUAGAUUCUACUGACGCAGAUUUGGCCUCUAAAACUACAGACUGGAAUCGGUUUUUCGUUAACAUGCAAAGGCAAUAUAAAGCGCUAGAAAUAUUCGCGAAGGAUAUGGCACAUUACGAUUUUGAGACCGUUGCUGGAUUUUCCGACAUGCUAGAAGUACUCGUUCUUGUGAACAGGGAAGCUUUUUUGGAGCUAAUGUUUGACAGAAACGAGACAGAGUCUGCGGUACUGUUUUUGAGAACCAUUUUCAGAAGAUUCAUACAAUUAUGGGAGUCAAUCUUGAUUGCGCAAAAAAGUGCUUAUGCGCUCAAGCCAGAUGAUUUACUUAAACAGAUGACAAGCGUUAUGACCUCGCCUCGAGAUUCUGACGAAAUCUCUUCAACGUGGAUGGGCAGUGUACAGAAAUCAAGAGAAUCUUUGAAUGAUGCCAUUUCUGAGUUUAUAGAUCCUAAUGAUUUGGUUCCUCGGGGUCGACUUUUGACCUUACUCAGCCAAGCAGUCAAAUUUCAAAAUUCAAGAGACAUACUCAACUUCGACGACGAAGACGACGAUUCGACGGACGUCCAAGAGGGAAGAAAAUACAAUUUAUUGCAGGACAAUAAGUCAAACUCGCACAGAAUCUCUUUUCAUAAUGAAAAGAUUUUGGACCAGAACAUAGAUGAGAUUUGGUAUCUGGAAUUUUCUCCCGAUGGGAAAUAUCUGGCUAGUGCCUCAGCAGAUUCCUUAACGGAUAGAAAAGUUUUGAUCUAUGACGUUGAAAAUGGCUUUCAAAUUUACAAAGUUUUAGGAGGAAACGAUCAAUGCAUCCUCUAUUUGUCGUUUUCUCCGGACAGCAGAUACCUGGUUUCUUGUCCAUUCAAUGAAGAAGCAAAGAUUUAUGAUAUUCACAAAAAAGGUGAACCUAUUGAAAUCAUGGACUCCUCUAAAACUGUCCACACUGAAGUCAUUCAACCCGAAGCUACCUUGCAAAUUCCUGAUGCUAGAGGCAACUCUAUUGGGGGCCCACCUAGAAUCUGGUGUUGCGGCUGGUUCCACACUGAGCGCAAUAAGGACCGAUUCGUCCUCGGGUCUCCUGAUCGUGACGUUAUAAUUUAUGACACCGCAUCAAGGUCUAUAAUUUGCAAAUUGUCAGAUAUGGACAACUCUAGUGAAGGUUCCACUCAAGAGCCAUUCCCAAGGAUCCAUGAUUUGAAAAUAACUCGCGAUGAUAAACAUCUCAUCUUAAUGGCGCACGAAUAUUUUGUGGACACUUAUGAUUUGUCUUCGCUUCCACCGACAGGUCGUGAAGAUGAAAGUGGGGAUUAUGUAAUGGACAACAAUCCUAUUCAUCUUCCACGCAUAUCCCGGCUUAACAUAGGCAAGCGCAUGACUUGCAUCAGCACUCCGACACCAACCAGCGGCUGCCAUGACGCGGAUCCAUUACUUUUAAUUAAUGUCCAGCCACACGAGCUCCAGCUAUGGGACAUCAAGGAGCAAAUUUUGAUCCAAAAAUAUUAUGGUCAGCGGCAGCUUCAAUUUAUUAUUCGCUCCUGUUUUGGCUAUUAUAAUAGGCUUAUCGCGAGCGGCUCAGAAGACGGAAAGAUCUAUAUUUGGGACAGAUAUCGGGGUAAUAUUAUAGCCGUACUCGAAGGACACACUAGCGAGCGCCCAGCGCCGUCAAGUUCAACCAAGCCUUUUGGCAGAAACUGUAAUAUCGUAGUUUGGAAUCCCGUGGAUAAGACGCUGUUUGCUUCAGGAGGAGACGAUGGCCUCAUCAAAAUUUGGAGGGUGAAAAGAAAAUAA